CUCGGAAUUUUUUUUUGUAAACUGCAGACAUUCUCCUACAUACGUCUUUUUCUUAUCUGUGUUCUGAGUAAACAUAAAUUUGCACCAGAAAGUGAAGUACAGUAUAUAGAAUUUUCCUUCCAGCUUGCAACCGUUUGAAAUGGUUCGCGCUCCACCGAAAGUGACUGGGCUAUCUCCCAAAGAGGGCCCACCUGGAACCCGUAUUGUUAUCCGCGGUGAAAACUUUGGAGCGCAGCCCAAUGACUUGAUUAGUGUGCUGAUUUGCGGGGCGGAGUGCGUCUUCCAAGCAGAGUGGCAGAGUCCUAGUAAAAUUUUAUGUCGUUCUGGAAAUGGGCAAGGUAUUGGGGAUGUGGUGAUUACCACCAAAUCUGGAGGCAGAGGGACGUCGACGGUGCAGUUUCGAGGCUAUGUUGAUAGUAUAGGACCGACCAAAGAAAGCGCUGUUUGGAUCGAUGAAUCCAGAUUUGCAGAUGGACGAGCUGGCAAUCAACCACAGUCUCCGGUUGGACUUGCCGAAGGGCAAGAUCCACUGGCACUGUCCGACGAGCAAACUAAAGAAAUCUUCAAGGAAGAACAGUUACUGGAAAUGUUUCCGGAAGGUUCUGGCAAUAUAACCCAGGAGAAUUUUAAUUCUGCUUGGUUUCUAUUGGAAAAUCACGGUGGAGCUACUCUGGAAGAUUUAAAACAUGGACUGCGGCAUAUGCAGACGCAAAGCAAACAACAGUCUGAAGGUUCUGUCGUGUUCCUUAAGGGCCAUUUGGGCUCAUAUUUUGAAUGCAUCGAUACACUGGACCAUCUGGAAGUUCGUUUUGCUGAAGAUAGCGAGAAGUUUGUGGAAAACGUCGACAGCUUGGUGGAGAAAGUGUCCAAUGCGCGCGACUUGUCGAAUUAUACCUAUGAAGCAGUAUUCAGACGCCGGCAGAAAACUGAAUUCUACCGGCAUUCAAUUUCCACUGUACAGCGCUUUCACUAUUUCUUCGAUUUAUUGUCCAGCAUCCAUAAGAGCAUUCGACUGCGAAAUUAUCGUGCCAUCAUGGCGGAUUUCCGGAAGUUCCAAAGUAUGAUCGGUAAAAGUCAGGUGCGAGUAUUGCAAAAUGUCUACCGAGAAGUGGAAGCCAAGAUUGACUCAUUACGAUCCAGUUUGCGUGAAGAGCUCAGAGUUAUGCCCGGGGACGUGGAUAAGCAGAUCAUGCUGUGUCGUAAUUUGGCGGAACUGGAGGACACCGGGGAUCCCGGUUGGGACUGCAUUAACACCCUUCAUUUGUACAUUAUGGAAAAGAUGUUCGAGAUUUACAGUUUUUAUUUUGCCGACGUCGGCGCAGCAGUUGCAGAUGUUCAACGGUCCCUCCAGACCAAAGCGUACCUGCACAUUGAUUUUCAAAUUCAUGUGGCGUCACCUUUUGACUUAGAUUUUGAUGUGCCGUCCGAUAUUGAAGGAGCUACCUCCGUUAAUCGGGAAAAGCCCGAAGCUAUUACGGAUUCCGCUUCUGUUUGCCAAUUGCUCAAAGUGCUCAGUGAUCAUAUGGUAAAAGGUGUUCGGCAUUUUUUGCGGCUGUCCGAAGCGUUUUUCCAAUCAGAAAUGCGGGAAAGCGGGAAGGAUGUCACGGCAGUGGUUGAUCCUGUGAAAUAUAACAGGCAGCGCGAGAUGGUCGUAGAGACCGUGCAUAACUUUGUCGCUAUCGUCCAGUGUGCGGUGCGGCCAAAGGAGACUUUAAUAAAACCGGAAGACUUUUAUUCUGCGGUUUUAGCCAUUCAAGACGUUAGGAAAGCGUUAACUGGCCAUGGGGAAGGCGCUGCUGUGCUGAAGCAGCUUAUCAUGCAGUUAAAGCGCGCGUUGGUGUUAGCUGUUCUGGAACGUGGUGCUGCAGAGAUGGAAUCAAUUGCUACAAAUGCGUCCGAGCGUCCCGAUAAAGUUCUACGUUUGGCAUCGAAAAUGCCGGAACUGUUUACGACCAUUGCCGUAAAAACGUUAGGCAUGACCAAGCAGUAUUUGGCCGAGGAUAAAAUACACAACAUUAAUAUUCUAAACGACUCAGCCUUGGUGGAUGCAAUACUGAACAACUGGACGCGAUUGUUUAACGUCCCAGUCGACACACUGCACGAUUUUGGUGACAGCGGCACGGGAGUUGUGGCGUUAUUUGCUCUCAUGUCCGCUCAAACCUUGCUGAAGAAAGUCCUUCCACGCUUGUUUAAGAUGUUGGACAGUAAUAUUCCGGAAUCCAAAGCUUCCUUCAAAGUGACGAUAACUGAUCGUUAUAAUGAACUCGUUUCUGAUCUGGCCAAAUCCUUUGUGGAGACAAAAGCGGAACCAGUGAUUGGAGUUAUUGAAAAGCACAUGAUUGAUUACGGUGUUGACUGGAAACACGCUUCUGAGCCACAGGAAGUGAAUGCCUACAUCACAAGGAUUGCUUUCGAUCUGAAUGCGGUGUACGAGGAGCUAUGCGUAUUUGUCAGCGAUGAGGACCUAAGUGACAAUAUCAUGAAAGGAAUCAUCGUUAAAGUUUGCGAGGAAGUCAACCGCUUAUUUUUUGUUGCGUCUGGCUUUAACGUUAAUGGUGUGAUCCAGGGUCAAAUUGAUCUGGCAGCACUGCGGCUGAUAAUCGGUCCCUUUACCAGCAGAGUAUCAACAACAAUGCUGGAUGAUGUGGAUAAAUUAUUAAGAGAUCAGCGCACACCGCAAAGUGGUGACAAGGUCAAUAAAGUGCUGGACGAAUAUACCAGAACACAUCAGAUGUUGAUGUUCAGUUGAAGUUUGAUGGAUUUGCAUUUGUGACAAUUUAUAAAUUUUUUGGUCCUGACAUAGUGUGAUAUCUCGACAGAUCGGUAUUUUCUGUCGUUUGCGUUUUUCGGUGAUUUCAAAUUGUAAAUGGCUGACCGGAGCUUGUUUUUCCGGCGCAGUUCAAGGAGCUUUAUUGUUCAGCUUUGUCUGCUAUACAGUAUGAAAAGAGAAAUACAGCAUACUUCUAUGAAUAUUUUGUUAUAAUGACGCUGAACUUAGACUCCCGUGGAGAUCAUUUUCCCCAUUUUAAAUGAUUCCUUAUUA